AGAGAUCCUUAAAUAAGUAUGAUAUACACAGUGAUCUGUCUAAUCAUGAUAAAAAUGGCACGGUUGAUGCAGCAUAUACAUAUACUCAUGUAUAUGUAGGUAAACCUAGAUAAACUGUGUUCUUGUCACUAAGAUCGGAAAGCAGGUAUCAGAUGUCUCAGUAAGCAGUGCAAUACAUAAUUAAUCUUGAAUUCAGUUGGGAUAAGCUUGUUGAGCACAUCAGUAUUGAUAGAAUACAGUGAAAGCAUUAUUUGUCGUACAAUUCGUUGUUUGGUCUAUUGGUUGCUUGCGAUGUCAACGAACCGUCCGUUGCAGGUAGUCAAUUCGAGUGACAGGAGCACAGAUUUAAGUGGAAUUUUUGCUGAAUACAUACUUGGAAAGCGUUUCUUCAGCUGGGAUGAAUUUGAGAAGUCAUUAGCAGAAUUUCAAAAAUUAUCCUACACUCACUAUGUUCAUAAUUGCAGCAAAACGAUGCCGGAUGCCAGGUUUAAGUACGCUUAUGUUGGUUUUAAAUGCACUUUUGGAGUGAAUCGUACAAGACCUGGAUUGAAAUUGAAAAACAAGUCGUCUAAAUGUUGCAAUUGCUCGUCUUCAUUUCGCGUGGUUUUGCAUCAUAGUGAAUACAUAAUUGCUUCCCACAAUAUGGUGCAUAACCAUCCAUGCAGCAGGGUGUACAUGCAGAAUGACCCAUGGUAUAGACGACUAACAGUUGAAGAGAAAGAAAAUAUUGAACCACUUCUUCAGCAAUCCCACUCAUCCGAUGAAAUAAUAAUGCAUGUUAAGGAGAAGUACAACAAGGAUAUAACUCGCAUUGACGUUAAAAAUAUGAAAGCCGCAGUGAAUAAAGGUAUUUCGAGUCGUCGUGACAUUUUUGAAUUCCUAAAAUCCCGUGGGAAGUUAAUGGAGUAUUAUUCCGAUGAACCGAUCAGGAAUUCACUAACAAGAAUUUGUUUUGCAACUUAUGAGCAAAUGGAAUUGUAUAAACAGUUCCCUGAAGUUGUUGGUAUCGACUCGACGUAUAAUACGAAUAAGGGGAAGUAUUCUUUGUUCCAGCUACUUGUGACGGAUAAUUUUGGUCGUGGACGACCAGUUUUAUUUGCGUGGACUAGAAAAGAAUUCAAACGAGAUGUAGUUUGGAUAUUAGACUGUUUCCGGCAAAUAAUGGAAGACACCUCGAAAACAGAAUCCUUCAUUAUGGAUUGUGCGCAAGCUGAAAUAGCAGCCGUCAAGUUAACGCACAGACAAGCGCACAUUGUUUUGUGUUCUUUUCAUGUUUGCCGAGCUUUCUGUCGGAAAGUAAGUUUUUCAAAGCAUACUUUACAUUUUAUUCGUAGACAAGAAAUCCCAUUGUGAAGAACUACUUAUGCCGUCUAGUGCAGUGUAAAAGGAGAUCAGAAUUUAAUUUCUACUUCAGAGUUAUUAGCAGAUUGGACGCUAAUGUCAGUCAAUACCUACAACGUCGUUGGAUGCAUCGACGAGAAUUGUGGGCGGCCUGUUUCAGAGAUAACGUGCUGACUUUUGGGAACGAUACAAAUAAUCGUGUCGAGAGUUCCCACAAGCAGAUGAAACGGUUUUUGCAAAGAUCUGAUAGUCUGCAUAAAAGUAUGCUAAAGGUGUAUAAAUGGCAUAAACGAAGUUUUUCAAUAAUACAGCAGGAGGCGAAUAUUGCUCAAUCACGAUGCUUCACGUAUCCCUGUUCACAAAGUUUAAUCCCAAUUAUACGGUUGCUUACACCAUACGCCGCGAGGAAGGUAAUACGUGAAUACCAAUUGCGACGAUGGGCUACUGUUGAGUUCGAAUCCGUUGAUUAUGUAUUUUUCAAAGAAAAUGGGAAAACAGUGCAGGUUGAUCUGAGUGCUUGCACCUGCACGUGCUUUACAUUUCAGACCUGUCGGUACCCCUGCCGACACUUGCUUUUGGUCCACUUAAGAAAGCCGUAUUUCACAGUUAACCAUGUGAUGCAUAAUUGUAAACAAUGGACGUGGUCACGCAACUUGUUCGCAUCUCAAAGUACGUCAGCAGUUAUCCCUCGAAAUCGAAGUAACAUAUACGAUACCAAAAAGAAGAUUAUCAAUGCGGGUAUGGACAGAAUUAAUGACAAAUUUGGAGAAGUGUUUGCCAAUGCUUAUGCAGACGGAGUAAUCGCAGGAAUCAAUCGUGUUCUUAAUAUGUAAAUAAACUAAAUUUUUGUCAUAAUGAAAAUAAAAUUUU